AUGACGCUUACUACCCGGACUAAGAAUCUAUCAUUGUCCGCCGUUUCCAUCCACGAUGAGAAUCUUUCGAAUGUAUCGGGUACCAUACCACCGCCUCUGACAGAGAGAGGUCACUCCGACUCGGUCGUACCAAGCUGUCGACUGUCCCCCGAUAAACAAGAGCAGGUCUUGAGCCAUGCCUCCCCAUCCCUGACAACGCAACUUCACCGCUCUACCAAAGCGACCGAGGACAUCGAAUCUCCUACCAUUUCAUCUCGGCUCAAAAACAAGCAAGAUCUUCGCCUUCCACCUUUUCAAUCUCUGGGAAUCACAAGCCAGACCUCCGGGCCUACCGCUUUGCUCACUCCGCCUGAGGAGCCUCCUAAUCCUUUGCCAAUCGGCAACGUCACCUCUCACCCACGGGACCAGAUUUUUUUCUCUCACUUCAACAUGCCAAAAACCCCCGCUGAUGGACUUGACCCGGACUCAGCGUCUGGUCAGCAAAGGGAAAGUUCAACCUUGCAACAAUCGGCUAUCACGAUCACCACCCCCCACGGCCACCAAUCGACAGUCCCGCCACAAAGCACACCGGUCCCACCAGAACCACAAACUGCCACAAGCCAAACAAACUUUGUCUCCGAAGCUGUUGAUCUAGCAGUUUCUACGGUGGUAGAUAAUACCCCUCGGCCUGUGUACAAUGUCUUGUGUCACUCUCAACCGUGUCCAUUUGCCAAUGGAGGGUCUCCGACCACAGCAUUCAGCGAGUUGUUAACCUCCCUUCAAAGCAGAAUUCCCUCGCAAACUUACAUUGAGAUCACUCACGCAGUACCACCACAAUUCAAUAUGGGUCAAGUGCCUAAUAGCCCAGCUGCGACUCCCAACCCAGAACAAAACGCCCCAGUCGACUACUUCAGUAUGCCAUCGACCUUUUCCAAGGCAGUGGUAGCAGCCUCCUACCAGGACGUUCAAGCGUUUCCUGUCCCUUCAUCCCCGCAUCCAAUCGUUGCACCCACUACUGUUCAAAUCUCUCUCUUAGAGCGCUUCAUCCCACCAUCCUCGACAUAUGAAUAUCACGAUCUCUUCUCCACUGACACCACAUCAGCUCUCGUCGACCGCCUCACAGAACUAUCUCCAAGCCGGGGCACUCUGCUCUUUAUCUACCCCACCAAGGCUGGUGCCCGAAAAUUUAACUCAGACUACCUUGCGCCCCUCUUACAUCCUCUCCUACGAAACCUUGUUGGAAUCUACGACUUAGCUUCGGAUUUUGGCAGGAACAUCGCGGAGUGGAAUUCAAUCAGCCCAAUGCUUGAAUAUGACCGGAUGAACCAGAAGCUAGGCCUGCUACUAAGGCAGCUUGGUCGAAUACGAAGCUCUAAGCCUAGCCAUCCUCCGCCAAAGUACGAGAUCGCCUUCAGUGCUGCGAAGAAGGUCGAUCUAGAUAGGGACUCGUGGAUGGCAUGGUACAUUGUUCAAGAGAAAGCUCGCAUUCAAAGAAUUGUAAAAAACUACUGGGUCCGAGGACAGAGGAUCCCAGAGGGCAUGACGGAGGGCGGUAUAUGUAGAGAGCUAUUCCAGGGGCUGGAGAGAAGAGACUACUCUCCCCAAGCGCCGCAAAGAGACGGUGUCGAGGUCGGUGUGUGGGUCGUGAGGAGGACUGCCUGA